AUGACAGAUGUUGAAAGAGCAUUAGAAUUGGAAGUAAAUGAAGUGGAAGCUGAGGAAGCUAUAAUAGAAGAAUCAGAAGUUAAUAGAGAAGCAUUUGAAUUUGGUACCCAUUGGGAAACACAUUUAGAAUUGGACUUGGACAAUAAUGGAAGCUCAUCUCUUAAAGAAGCUCCCAUUGAUCAUCAAGCCACACACCCAUCUUGUGUCCACGAAAUUGAUGAGAGUUUACUACCUUAUAUUGGGCAAGAUUUUCUAGAUAAGGAGGCAGCCUAUCAAUUUAAUAACAAAUAUGCCAGGGUAAUAGGGUUUAGUGUUCGAAAAUCCCGGGUAGAGCGUUCACCUAAAAGGAUGGAACUUGAUGGAGAAGGUGUCAUAUUGUCUAGGGAGUUUGUAUGCUCACGAGAGGGUCACAAGCAGGUGGACAAAAAUGUUGGAGUUAAGGAACAAAGUCGACAUGAUGAAGUUAGAAUUGGAUGCCCUGCUUCUUUCCAAGUUAGAGCCAUACAUGGAGUUUGGGUUGUUGAUAGAUUUGUUAAGUAG